AAUGACCAAACCCUUUUCUUCAUCCUUCCAGCACCAUCAUUCCUCCAUCUUCUUCUUCAGUUUGAUUUCAACCCAAUUCCCCCUUUCUCCUCAUCUCCCCCACCUUCUCCCACCUUUUAUCUCCCCUCGACAGCUACCUCAUCAACACCAGCUCCACCACCCAUAUCCCCUUUUCAUCAAUAACCAAAACUCACUUUCCAGUUUACCCUCAAUCCACAACACUGUAGGGUUUUCACCAAAUCAACCAAAUACUCUUUCCCCGUUAAAAUCAAAGGAACCCAUUUGUUUCAUUUUCACUUUCACGCCUUUAAUUCCUCAAAUCUCAAUCUGAGUCGUGCUAAAUUUCAAAUCUUUAUUAUUGGGAAGAGUAUUGAACAAUGAACUUGUGAAGAGUACCAAAGAAGGAUUAAUACUUUAUAUAUCACCAUACGGAUUAAAUUAGUAAUCCAAAACGAAUAGAAACAAAACAACAAUUGCAUAGGAGGAAGACAGAUGGAGAAGAAGACCGACCUGUAUUUGCCUCAUGAAUUGAUCAUACAAAUCAUGUUGAGGUUACCGGUGAAGUCUCUCAUACGUUUCAAAUGCGUUUGUAAGUCAUGGUUAGCUCUUAUCUCUGAUCAUAACUUUGCAAAAUCGCAUUUUGAACUUUCCCCUGCAACACACACUAAUAGAAUUGUGUUCAUGUCAACUCUAGCUCUGGAAACUCGAUCCAUAGAUUUUGAAGCAUCGCUUAACGAUGAUUCUGCUUCUACUUCACUUAACCUUAAUUUUAUGCUUCCCGAAUCUUAUUCUAAUCUUGAAAUUAAAAGUUCUUGUAGAGGAUUUAUAGUUUUGACUUGUUCUUCCAACAUUUAUCUAUGGAAUCCAUCGACCAGACAUCACAAGAAAAUACCAUUUCCUCCUUCCAAUUUAGAUGCCAAAUAUUCAUGUUGUCUAUAUGGUUUUGGGUAUGACCAUUCAAGAGAUGAUUACUUGGUGGUAUCAGUGUCCUAUGAUAAGAGUAUAGACCUAAUUGAAGAAAAUAUUUCAUCACAUUUGAAGUUUUUCUCUUUGAGAGCUAAUACAUGGAACGAAAUUGAGUGUCUUGGAUUGGUGAAGUAUAAGCACUUCCCUUAUUAUAUGAAUGUAAAUGAUGAUCCCACAGUAGGGACACUCUUUAAUGGGAAUAUUCAUUGGUUCUCUUUUCGCAAUGAUUUAUCAAUGGAUGUUAUUAUUGCCUUUGAUUUAGUGGAAAGGGAACUUUUGGAGAUGCCUUUUCCAGAUGGUUUUGAUCAUGAACCUAUGGAUUGUGAUUUGUGGAUAUUUGGAGAAUUUCUCAGUCUAUGGGCUAUGGGGGGUGUAACAAUUGAAAUAUGGGUUAUGAAAGAAUACAAAGUGCAUUCGUCUUGGACUAAGACUCUUGUCCUAUCUAUUGAUUACAUUUACAUUCAGUAUGAUCCCCCAAUAUGCUCUACAAAAUGUGGUCAUAUUAUUGGAACAAAUGGUACUGGAUUGGUGAAGUAUGAUGGCAAUGGUCAGCUGCUAGAAAAUCGCUCAUACUAUAACGAUCCAUGUGGACGCCUAGUAGCUAUGUAUACAGAGUCCCUGCUUUCACUCCCCGGUGACAGUGAACAAAUCUAAGAAGAUGACACACAGAAGAAGAAUGAAGUUGUGAAACAUUUUUCUUCAACUUUUUCUUAAUAUUUAUAAUUAUAGUGUAUUAUAAACUCUUGGGUAGCUGCACUUGCCGGGUAAUAUGUGUUUGAUUGUGUUUGUAAUAUGAUCCAGUAUGCCACAUGAGCUAAUGUACUAUGUUUAUUGGUCAAAUAUCUGUAAUGUUCAAUGAAAAUGUUGACAAUUUCAUUUGUGUGAUUCACAGUUAAUUAUGCAUGUUAACUUAUUGAGUUUUAAUAUA